UGUGGGGGCGGGCGGCGGCAGCAGUAGCAGCCGCUGGCAGCAGCCGUGAGAAGCCCCGCUGGUGGCUGGCUGGCGGCACACGCAGCUCUAAGGAGGCGGAGGGUGCCUGAAGCCGAGCCGCGGGGCGGGCGUCUGCGAAGGGGGGAGAGACUGCGGCGGCGGGAGGGGACCGGCACACGCACGCACACACACACACGCACGCAGAGACGGAUGAUAGCGGCGGCUGCGGCUGCCACAAUUCUCCGUCUCCGAGCCCGCGGUCCCCGAUGAGGAGUGCCCCUGCGCUGCCGGACUGACGCCUGGCCGCCCUCCCCGCGGACGAGGAGGAGCGCUGCCCCGCGGCGGAGAGCGCGGCGCCUCGCAUCGCGGGCGGCCCCUGCACCGCCCUCUCCGGCGGGGGCUCAGCAAGCCGCCUGCGGGGCGGGCGGCACGGCGCGGCGGUGACAGCGCGGCGGCGAGGCCGGGGGAGCGGGGAGCGCCGCCGCCGCCGUAGACCAUGAGGAAAUUUAACAUCAGGAAGGUGCUGGACGGCCUGACGGCGGUCUCCGCUGCCGCCUCGGCGUCGUCAGCCGCGCAGCAGCAGCAGACUGGGAACCGGGAGACCGAAAUCCAGGAGACUCUCCAGUCUGAGCACUUCCAGCUCUGCAAGACUGUACGCCAUGGUUUCCCCUAUCAACCUUCAGCCUUGGCAUUUGAUCCUGUUCAGAAAAUACUGGCCAUCGGGACUCAGACGGGAGCACUAAGACUCUUUGGUCGUCCAGGAGUUGAAUGCUACUGCCAACAUGACAGUGGAGCUGCAGUAAUUCAGCUUCAGUUCCUGAUUAAUGAGGGAGCUCUUGUGAGUGCCUUGGCUGAUGAUACCUUACACCUGUGGAACUUACGUCAGAAGAGACCCGCUAUACUUCAUUCACUUAAAUUUAACCGAGAACGGAUAACAUUUUGUCAUCUGCCUUUCCAAAGUAAAUGGCUAUACGUGGGCACCGAAAGAGGAAACAUUCACAUUGUCAAUGUGGAAUCAUUUACUCUCUCAGGCUAUGUCAUCAUGUGGAAUAAAGCCAUCGAACUGUCAUCCAAAUCUCACCCAGGACCUAUUGUCCACAUUAGUGACAAUCCAAUGGAUGAAGGAAAGCUUCUGAUUGGCUUUGAGUCUGGAACAGUGGUAUUGUGGGAUCUGAAGUCAAAGAAGGCAGACUACAGAUACACACAUGAUGAGGCUAUCCACUCUGUAGCUUGGCAUCAUGAAGGAAAGCAAUUUAUUUGUAGUCAUUCAGAUGGUACCUUGACCAUAUGGAAUGUAAAAUCUCCUACCAAACCAUUCCAGACAAUCACUCCACAUGGAAAGCAGCUGAAGGAUGGAAAAAAGCCAGAGCCCUGCAAACCUAUCCUUAAGGUGGAAUAUAAAACAACUAGAGCUGGGGAGCCUUUCAUCAUUCUCUCAGGAGGCUUGUCAUAUGACACUGUAGGAAGAAGACCUUGUUUAACAGUUAUGCAUGGGAAAAGUACUGCUGUGCUAGAAAUGGAUUAUUCUAUUGUUGAUUUUCUAACCCUCUGUGAAACACCAUAUCCUAAUGACUUUCAGGAACCCUAUGCUGUAGUUGUUCUUCUAGAAAAGGACUUAGUACUGAUUGACCUUGCACAAAAUGGGUACCCUAUAUUUGAAAAUCCCUAUCCUUUGACUAUACAUGAAUCUCCAGUUACCUGUUGUGAGUAUUUUGCGGAUUGUCCUGUGGACCUCAUACCUGCGCUCUAUUCAGUUGGAGCUCGACAGAAACGUCAAGGUUAUAGUAAGAAGGAAUGGCCUAUCAGUGGGGGCAACUGGGGUUUGAUCACUCAGAGUUAUCCAGAGAUAAUUAUUACAGGGCAUGCUGAUGGGUCAAUCAAGUUUUGGGAUGCCUCAGCAAUAACGCUGCAAGUCCUCUAUAAGCUAAAAACAGCCAAAGUAUUUGAAAAAUCACGGAAUAAAGAUGACAGGCCAAACACAGAUAUAGUCGAUGAAGAUCCAUAUGCUAUUCAGAUCAUCUCAUGGUGUCCAGAAAGUAGAAUGCUGUGCAUAGCUGGAGUUUCUGCACACGUCAUUAUUUACAGAUUCAGCAAGCAGGAAGUGACGACAGAAGUCAUUCCGAUGCUGGAAGUACGUCUGUUAUAUGAAAUUAACGAUGUUGAAUCUCCAGAUGGUGAGCAGGUGCCACCUUUACCAACUCCAGGAACAGGUUCCAAUCCUCAAUCCAUUGUUCCCCAGUCUCAUCCAUCAACUAGUAGCAGUUCAUCUGAUGGCCUUCGUGAUAAUGUCCCAUGUCUAAAAGUUAAAAAUUCUCCUCUCAAGCAGUCUCCAGGCUACCAAACUGAGCUAGUUAUCCAGCUCGUGUGGGUGAGUGGAGAACCUCCUCAACAGAUAACUAGCUUAGCAGUCAACUCGGCAUACGGCCUAGUAGUUUUUGGAAACUGUAAUGGUAUUGCCAUGGUUGAUUAUCUCCAGAAGACAGUGCUCUUGAAUCUAGGCACUAUUGAACUGUAUGGCUCCAAUGAUCCGUAUCGUAGGGAACCACGAUCACCCCGAAAAACUCGACAGCCAUCUGGAGCAGGUCUUUGUGAUAUUAAUGAAGGUACAGUGGUGCCAGAAGACCGCUGCAAAUCGCCCACUUCAGGUUCGGGUUCACCAAACAAUUCUGAUGAUGAUCAAAAAAUGAAUAAUUUUAUAGAAAAGGUGAAGACCAAAAGCAGAAAAUUUUCCAAGAUGGUAACCAAUGACAUAGCAAAGAUGUCCAGGAAGCUAAGUUUGCCAACUGAGUUAAAGCCUGAUUUAGAUGUCAAAGACAACUCUUUCAGUCGAUCCCGGAGUUCUAGUGUAACUAGCAUUGAUAAAGAGUCACGUGAGGCAAUUUCAGCUCUUCAUUUUUGUGAGACUUUCACAAGAAAGGCUGAUACAUCACCUUCCCCAUGCCUGUGGGUUGGGACCACGCUGGGUACAGUGCUUGUCAUUGUACUGAACUUACCCCCAGGAGGAGAGCAAAGACUUCUUCAGCCAGUAAUUGUUUCUCCUAGUGGAACUAUCCUGAGGCUGAAGGGGGCAAUUUUGAGGAUGGCUUUUCUGGAUACCACAGGAUCUUUGGUCCCACCAGCACAUGAACCUUGGAGAGAACACAAUGUUCCUGAAGAUAAAGAUGAAAAAGAUAAAUCAAAGAAGCGGCGACCUGUCUCAGUGUCCCCCUCUUCCUCUCAGGAAAUCAGUGAAAACCAAUAUGCAGUGAUAUGUUCAGAAAAGCAAGCAAAAGUUAUCUCACUGCCAUCCCAGAACUGUAUUUAUAAGCAAAACAUAACAGAGACUUCUUUUGUUCUUCGUGGAGACAUAGUGUCGUUAAGUAACAGUAUCUGCCUUGCAUGUUUCUGUGCCAAUGGACAUAUCAUGACCUUUAGUUUGCCAAGUCUAAGGCCAUUGUUGGAUGUAUAUUACCUGCCACUCACCAAUAUGCGGAUAGCCAGGACAUUCUGCUUCACCAAUAACGGACAAGCACUCUAUCUUGUCUCCCCAACUGAAAUACAGAGGCUCACAUAUAGUCAAGAAACAUGUGAAAAUCUUCAGGAAAUGUUGGGCGAGCUCUUUACUCCUGUAGAAACACCAGAAGCACCAAACAGAGGAUUCUUUAAAGGCCUGUUUGGAGGUGGGGCACAGUCGCUUGACAGAGAAGAACUCUUUGGAGAAUCAGCAUCUGGGAAGGCAUCAAGGAGUCUUGCCCAACAUAUCCCAGGCCCUGGGGGUAUUGAAGGUGUCAAAGGAGCAGCAUCUGGUGUAGUUGGUGAACUGGCACGAGCCCGGUUGGCACUAGAUGAAAGAGGACAGAAACUAGGAGAACUGGAAGAAAAAACAGCAGCUAUGCUCUACAGUGCUGAUUCUUUCUCUAAACAUGCUCAUGAGAUGAUGUUGAAGUACAAAGACAAGAAGUGGUACCAAUUCUGAUGAUGCUCAUCAACUACAUCCUGUUUAAUUUCGUCCUGAUGGAAAAAAUCUUGUUUUUUCAUUAAUUUUGGCAGAACUAUUGAAAUUCAAACGAGUAUUCGCCACUGGAUACUGUUAUUUCCUAGCACAAAUUACACACUGUUUUACCUCAGUUGUGGCUUUAACUGAGGAGCUUUAUAUUUAAAAAAAAAAAAAAAAAAAAACCACAAAAAACACACAAAAAACCAAACUUGAGUGUUUCUUAGCUGUUAGUUGGCUGAGAGUUGUAGCAGAGAAGGUAACUAGAACAUGUGGAAAAGAAGGUCAAGGGAAACUGCAGUGUGAGAUGGACAGGGGCAAUGCAGGGGCAAUCCUGUGUUUAAUAUUUUAUAUGCCAAAAGUUUUUGUGCUAUUGUAAUUGCUGCCAGUGUUAUACCCUCCUGUGGGGAGAGGCAAUAAAUCAGGGGUCCAAAAGCUGAAGUAAAGUUGUUUGUCUUGCUGGAUGGUAUCUUGACUUACACUUACCCUCUCUAGGACUCACUAUUUUUACCAUUAUUAUUGGCAAAGAAUUGAAGUUUGCUGUCACUUCUUUCCUUGGAUAAGCUGGAAGCUUGGAAGACUUCUUGUUGAAAACUGUAUAUGUAGUUGACCUGUGUGUAGUCUUUUCUUGGACCCCUGAUGUAGUAUUCUUGUAUUCACAUCAUAUUCUGUGAAGUGCAAAACAAGAGAAUGCACAGUUUUUGCAUUAAAAAAGUCAAGUGAAUAAUAUGACUGGAAUGUGUCACACUGGGAGUUUUCAUUUGUGUUAUGGCUGUGCAAUGUGAAAUGUGGUAACAUCUUCAUCGUGGUAAGAAUACUUCAACUUCUGUUUACUUUAAUUUUUCUUUGCUAAAAGUAGUCAUAGGUUCGGUUUGUACAACAUUUAGAAUUGGCUGUGGGUUUCAUUCAUGCUGUGAAUCUUGAUAAAUGUUUAACAGAAUGUAUCUUUACAGCCAUUAAUUAAAAUAGCUGAGAUAGUUUUGCUCAAAACUUAAGUUCUAGAUGCCCCUUUAGUCCUUUAUGAUGAAAUCAGAUAAUCUUGGACUCAGGUUUUCAAACAGUUUUACACUCCGUGGAGGUGCUGAUGCAUGAAUAACGGCAAGCCUCUGAUAUUUAAUAACUGUCAGUCUGUUGUUUAGCAAAUUUCUAAAACCUGCUAGUAGAGUUAGUUUACAGGCACCUGUCUCAGCCCCAGCCAGCAUUAAAGACAGUUAGCCUAAAGUUUGGAUUUAGUCUCUGAAGCAGUAUUUUCAAUGUGGGCAGUGGUAAGUGUCCACUAAAACUUCAAGGAUUGGUGAAAUAAUGUUCGGUUUGGGUGAGGUAAAUCAUAUAGCUGAGCUAACUUGUUAAUGGCUGCUGUGCUAAAACUGUAAUAGUGGGAAUGACCAGAGCUUUUUUUUUAUUGUAAGGAAACUUCUCACUUUAAGUCUCUGCAUUUCAAAACUUUAUUUUAGACCUUAUUCUUCAAAGCAGGAAUGUUACUGUGACUGGCUUUGCUUUAUGAAUGGGAGUACUUAGAAGCUGAUAGGUCUACGUUGUCUGAAAUGAAUCAUUUGGGAUUACUUUGUGUCACAUUCUGUGUGAGUUCCUUUGCAGGCUUUCUGAAUGUUCCCAAAGCAAAACCUUGGUUCUGUUUGUAUUCUAAAGUAAUGUUGCAGGAACACAGAUAAAGCAAAUUUCCAAAACACUUAAAGGGUGCAAAAUGUUGAUGUUAGUAAUGAUUCUUAAAUAAUUUAAAUGAAAGGCAAACAGUUUGGGCUUUGUAGCACAAAAUGAUAAAUUCUCCAAUUUUGUGUAUAGGAAUGUUUGCUUUAAAAAAACAAGUGAAUUCACUAGUAUGAGGGCAGGCUUCUCUCUUACCUGCUGAGGAAAUGUUAACUCCAGUUACUGAACUCAGCUUGCUGUGCAAUUUUGGCCUCUGCUUGUGAUUUAUUUUUUUAGUGUGUAAUGAAUACAUAAUAAAUUAUCACAAUUUUGUUAAUCUGGGUAGAAUAAAGCUAGGUGAACUACUUUCCAGACAAUUUCCAAAAAUAAAACACCUUAGCUGACACUUAUCCCUGUCCUUAUCUCAUAUUUAUAAAUUGGUAUGACGGACUAUUAUGUGACCUUGUGAAGAUGAACUAUAUUUCAAAACAACAGAGUCCUGGAAAAUUAGUCAGGUCAAGCUCUCAGCAAGAGGAUGACAAAAAUACUCUUCAGCAAAUCGUGGUAUAAGUUCAAUGGAGGAUGACCUUGUCUUGAAAGGAAAGCGUACUUAACUUUUCUCAUCAAGAAAUAUUUGACAACCACCAGCAAGCAAAAAAAGAAAAAAAGGCAAUGAGAGACCAUCUGCCAGUAAAAGAAGAGUAGUGGCGUAUUUGGUAGUAUAGAAUUUCUCACAAUUGGAUCUUUUUUCUGUUGUGUAUGUUCAGAGCAUGCUUCUAGAUUUUGAGAACUAAUGAUUGAGACAAACACACAAAAGGUUCUUGGUCAAUAAAAGGGGCUAUGUACAAUUUUAGUCUAAAAUGUUCCUUUUUUCCUUCUCUGUGGAAGGAAGUUGAUCGUACACGUAUCAUUGCAUCUUAUUCUUCUAUUGGUGGUGCACCUUUUGUACAGCAAAGUAUAUUGAAAUCCUCGGGGGGAAGCACCCCUGUUUUCGCUAGCAUUUUAGUUGUGUGAAACUUUUUUAGAGUGUCUGGAAAACUAGAAAAUACAACUGAGCUAUUACUUUUUUUAUUUUUUUGAUGGAAGUGUAAGAAACUGCUGCUACCUAUCUGUUCAUAUGUAGUGUGUCCCAUGAGGAACUGUAACAUGAAGCUUUUCUUCACCUUAGUCCUGCCAAAUUGUAACUUUUGAAUGUUGAUAUGUGUAAAUAUGCGUGUAUCCCAAAUAGGUCUGAAAGUGUUACACCACAGACAUCUCCAGUGAUUUGUUCUUCAGCAGUCAGUUAUAAAAUGUAGUAAUAUAUAGCAGUGUUCUUUGUCUGUCCUUAUGCAAAGGUUUUUCCCUGAGGUGAUACUUGCAUGGCAGGUGAUGUUAGAAAGCUACAUCCAAAGGAGGGGUUUUGGAUACAGGUUCAUUUCCUUUUCAUUUCCUUUUUGUUUUCCUUUUCUCUCUUUUUGGUUUUCUUUUUUUGUGUGCUUAAUUAAUGGCACUGAUCUUAUCUGACCUUUUAAACUUGAAUUUUUCCUGCACUUUAAUUCAAUCAGGCCAUUUUAUUCCUUAGUUUUGUUUCUUCACUUGUGCCGUUCAGGUUCAUUAUUUGUAUAUAAACACACAUGUUCAAUGAAGACUUCAGAACAGAUUACUUUCAGGCACACUUGCUGAUUAUGUGACUAUCAUCUGGAAUGUGUGUUUUCUUAGCAAAACAUGUAUAUACAAGUAUAUACAAUAUAGAAUCUAAUGAAAGACACGUAUCCUGUGUUGGCAUUCAGUUUAUAAAUUACUGCAACACUUUCAGAUUUGUUACUAGAUAAUACAAUAAAAUCUGUUAUAUUUAUACAUACUGCUUAAGAAUAUACUUUUAGUUUUAAAUAAUUUUUAUAUGUACACUUCUACCUUUAAUUUUAAAAAGACUUAUGUUCAAUUUUUAAGUCAAAGUACUUAAAGUAUGUAUAUUAUCCAUAGAAGAAGUUGUUUUAAGCUUAUGAAUACAUUCAUAUCUCAUAUCGAGAUGAUACAAUUACUAAGCAAUGAAAACAAAUAGCCCAUAUUGCUUUGCAGAAAAUGAGCAUACUUAUUUUUACCUCCCAUUUUGAGUAUUCUUAAAAAAAGUUCCCUAAUUCUGAAGAGGGAAGACAGUGCAUUCAGAAAACUAACCUAAUGUAAAAGUUUUCUCAGUGGCUGCAGUCUGUGACUGACUGGGUUUUGAUUAUUUAUUAUUUUUUAGGUAUGUACAUGGAAACUUUUUCAGCUCUAUUCAUCAGACAUUAAAAAUUCCCCAAAAUCAAAGUGAGGUUUAUCCAAUCAAUUUUUUUCUUGAACCAAUAUAUGAAUCUUGAUGGCUUUUGAAUUAUUAUUUUUGCAUCAGCUCUUUACAUGUAGAUUGGGGGUUUUUUUGUAGACCAAACGUGUGUUAGAAAACUCACGGCUUGUGGCUGAAAUGCCCUCUUCCCCAUUGAUGUUUAGCACACCCGGGUGGGCAUUGAUAGCAGCUCAAGUUUGAUGCAGGGAGGAAGGACUACAACACCUUGCUUCCCUCUCUGUGCUGCAGGGUAACUUGUUAGUUGAACCUUUUCUCAUUCUAGCCAAUUUCCUGUAUAAUUUAAGCAAAACUUUUUGAGUGGAUUUUGGUAGCUUUGCCACUACCACAAAAUCUUCAAUAUGUUAGAGACAGAAAUUAAUGGCAUUUGAGGGGAUGAAGUAAGUAAAACAAAUAACUGUGUAGUGUAGGCGAAUCAGCUAAACCAAUUUUAUUUCAGUUUUCAUUGAAAAGCUAAGUUAAGCUGGGCCAAUUUCUUCUUAUACAUGUGUUAAAGAUGUGCUAUAUGUCGUCUACUUCUAUUACUGUUUCAAGACAGAUGAGUAUUGUGUUUCUGAGUUCUUUUACAGUUUAUAACGUUCAGGCAUAAAGAUGCAAGUGUUCAUUUUUCAAAAGAAAAAUAAGGCAGAAAUGUAGAACAAUCAAAUGAAAGGUGUCAAUCAGUAUUCCUUUAGUUUUCUAUGUAAAGUGUCUAGAAAUGUUUGUCAUACAGCUAUAGGUUACUUUGACACUUGUAUUUCUUUUUAUUAGUACCUAAGUUACCAGGCAAACAAUAACUAGAAGCUAAACUGGUUCAGUUGAAAACAUGUAAGGAGUUGUAUGUGGAUUACUACCACAACAUUCAGUAACAGGUGAUGCAAAGGGAGAGGGGUGGGAACAUGUUUUAAAUAUUCCCUUUUAAAACAGAAUUGUAAAUAAGCAGUACUGUGUUAUUUUAGACCUGAGCUCUGCUAUCUGUAGUGUUUAGAACUAGGAGAACAUGCUGCUUUCUGGUUAUGCUACUGUUUCAUUAUACCAGCACCAUGGGGGGAAAAAAAAUGGAAAAAAAAAAAAGAAUCAGUAAAUUUUUCUAACUUUGCCCACUUGUGGGUGAGCAUGCUUGAUGUGUAGCAGUUCUCGUUUAUGUAUAUCUUAGUGUGUACACGUGUGUUUUUCCUUUUUUCUUUUUGUUCAUUGCAACUUAUCCUUCGGUUAAGUCUUUCUGAGCCCCACUAGCUCUUCUGAGGGUGAUUACUGGAAUAUGCAUUUUAGGUAGGGUUGCAAAUCCAUCUGUCUACAAAUAUAGUUUCAUAUAAACUGCAAACUGUACUGUUACAAACACAACUAUGUUAGAUUGCAUAGAGUUAUUUUAUUUACAUGUACUUGAACUGAGCUAUGUCAUCAUAACAAAGUUAAAAAAUGAAGUAUGGAAUAUUUUUGUAAAUAAAAAUACCUGUGCAGCUGGUAUUUUAAAUUUAAAAUGUAUUAUACAUCAAUGUUUCAGAAAAAAUGUUCAUAUAUGUGUAUAUGAAUGUGUCAUUAUGCUGAAGGGCUCUUGAUUGGGCAAAAUAAACUAUUCAAAUCUCUCCUGAAA